UGUUCUGGAUUCGAAGCUCCAGGUCCAGGGAAGCAAAUUUGCUUCAGUUCCGGUUACGAGUCCGAACGAAACGAUGGCGGCUCCCGCCAAGCAGACCUUUGGGAUUCCAUGGCCAGAGCUCAACGACGGCUUGUUCUAUACCGACGUCGUGUCUUCCUCCGAUUCCGGGUUGACGCUUAUUGAGUUCUAUUCGAGCAAAUACAAGAAUUCAGCUCCCCUGCAGGGUUGGUUGCAGAGGAUUCAAAAUGGACAGAUAACAGUUGAUGGUACAGUUACUACCGGUCCGAGCACGAGAUUUAGUGACGGGUCAAGACUAGUCUAUCACAGGCUUCCUUGGAAAGAGCCUGAUGCACCUUACUUGCUCGAAGUUCUGUAUGAGGAUGAUGAUAUGAUAGCUGUAAAUAAGCCUUCUGGGUUGCAAGUAUUACCUGGAGGGCUUUUCCAGCAAAGAACGGUGUUAUCACAACUCCAAUGGCGGGUGAGAAAGAAGACCUCUUCAGUAGCAUCCCAGGGAAAACACCCAGUUCCUGUGCAUCGUUUGGGAAGGGGCACAUCAGGAAUAUUGCUUUGUGCCAAGACAAAGCUUGCAAAAACUCGGCUCGCCAUGUAUUUUGCUGAUGGGACUUCCAUUAUUGGAGGGAACAGAAAUUCUAAGGAAGAGUCUAAGACUGUAAGGAAAAUCACCAAAGUGUACCGAGCAUUGGUUCAUGGCAUCCUUGAGCAAGAUGAGGUUAUUAUCAAUCAGCCAAUUGGAAUAGUAAGAUAUCCUGGCGUUGCUAAAGGGCUGUAUGUUGCCUCUCCCUCAGGUAAACAAGCUCUGAGCAAAGUUGAUGUUCUUGUGAGAGAUUUACAGGAAAAUCGUUCUAUGAUUAAGGUUGAGAUCCAAUCUGGACGGCCACACCAAAUUCGCAUCCAUCUUUCAUUUAUUGGACAUCCUUUAGUGGGAGAUCCUCUUUAUGUCAGUGGCGGGCAACCGAGAAGCGUUGAUUCUGAAUUCGUGGAUGAAAGCUUUGCCCAUGACGGUGGGUAUCAGAGGCCUGAAAACCCAGUUCCUGGAGACUGUGGCUACUUCUUGCAUGCACAUCAGCUGGUUCUCCACCAUCCUAUCACGGAAAAGGUCAUUAAGAUCACUGCUCCUUUGCCAUCUAUACUCCAGACGGAGGAGGAAGCUUACAGACCCCGGGAAAGGGGUUCAGUCGCUUGAGUCAUGUAGGCAACGAAAAUGGUUUUACUUGCAGAACUCUCGCAAACUGCCUUGGGCUUGGGCGAAAUCAUUCGUAAAUCCUGUUACCCACAUUUUCGAAGGAGUGAAAGUUGCUAAUGCGCUACCCUUUUUUUGUUGCA